CAGCAACCCUUCGAAGACCGCCCUUUUCAUUCCACCACCCUAGUAAUAAAUUACACAAAUAUUUUAUUCGAUCAAAAGUCGUCACAGAUCCUGAUACAAUGAACACAUGAAUUGUUUGGUGGCUCUAGUUUCCAAUUCAUAUCUUCCUUCUUCCCACCCUACAUUGCAAAAAUCAAAUAUUCCAUAAACAAAGUUUCGAUUUGUCAAUUUUCCAGUCAAAACCCACUGUUAAUCACUUGAUCCAACAAGGGUUUAUACAAUUUUCAAUUCCUGAUCGUACACGAUGAUGUGUUCUUUGAAGCAGUCUCAGCUAUUGGGCUGUGGCUCCAAUGUUAUCAGUCACCGGAGAAAUCCCCUUGUGCAAUUCUCCGCUUCACCAUCGAUUUCUAUGCCCAAACUUCCCAAUUUUUCCGUUUUCCUCCCUUUCAAAACCUCUACAUAUUUCUUCAAUUCAUACUCUUGGAUCAUCGGAAAUACAACCCAAAAGGAAAUCGUUGCCCCCUUGCAACGCAUACGAGGCUGAUCAAUCCGAUGGAGGAGGAGUUGUCGAAAAGGUUGAAGCAGCAAGAAAAGCGAAAAUCGGUUUUUAUUUCGCAACUUGGUGGUUUUUGAAUGUGAUUUUCAAUAUUUAUAAUAAGAAGGUUUUGAAUGCUUUUCCAUUCCCAUGGUUGACAUCAACUUUAUCUCUCGCUGCUGGAUCUCUCAUCAUGUUAAUCUCUUGGGCAACGAAAGUAGCCGAAGCACCAAAAACCGAUCUCGACUUCUGGAAAUCCUUAUUCCCUGUUGCAUUAGCACAUACAAUUGGCCAUGUAGCAGCAACUGUUAGUAUGUCAAAAGUAGCUGUUUCUUUCACUCACAUAAUCAAGAGUGGUGAACCGGCUUUCAGUGUAUUAGUUUCCCGGUUCAUUUUAGGAGAAACUUUCCCUAUGCCGGUUUACUUAUCCCUCAUCCCCAUCAUCGGUGGUUGUGGUCUUGCUGCUCUUACAGAACUCAACUUCAACAUGAUUGGGUUUAUGGGAGCAAUGAUUUCUAAUUUGGCCUUUGUGUUUAGGAACAUAUUUUCAAAAAGAGGCAUGAAGGGGAAAUCUGUUAGUGGGAUGAAUUAUUACGCUUGUUUAUCUUUGCUUUCUCUCUUAAUUCUCACUCCAUUUGCAAUUGCUGUUGAGGGCCCACAAAUUUGGGCAGUUGGAUGGCAGAAUGCCAUUACUGAAAUUGGACCCCAUUUCAUUUGGUGGGUGGCAGCUCAAAGUAUCUUCUACCACUUAUACAAUCAAGUUUCAUACAUGUCACUUGAUGAAAUCUCUCCUUUAACUUUUAGUAUUGGAAACACAAUGAAACGAAUAUCUGUCAUAGUCUCCUCCAUCAUCAUCUUCCGUACACCUGUCCAACCAGUCAACGCCCUUGGAGCUGCAAUCGCUGUCUUUGGAACUUUCUUGUAUUCUCAGGCGAAGCAAUAAAGUUGGAUGAAGGAUUAAAAGAUUCGUGAUUGUACGAUAAACAAGAGGCAAAAAAAGUGGAAGUAUUGAUAUAGUUGUGUAUGAUCUCCAAAUAGUGAGGAUGAGGGGAAACUUUUGAUUUUUGUAGAUAAUAAUAAGAUGAUAAUAAUGAAAAAUGGCAAGUAUAGUUUGCAUGUCAUGAAACGAAGGUGUAGUGGACUUUUGAUUUCUUUCUUUUUUGAAUAAAACAAAGGCAAGAUGAGCAUAAUCUUUUCACAAGAUUACAGUGAAAUAUCACGGGUCUAUAUAUUUUCAGAAUUUUGGUG